GAAUCUCUUGAUGAAUAUUUUGAGACAACAGCACCAGAAAAAUACCGAUUUCUCGAUUACUACAAGGAUCGUAAAAACCAAGAUGACUUUACAAACAAUUUUCGCCUAGAGGCACGAAGACUCUACAAAUGCUUGAAUUACCUGGUGGAAAAUGGGUCACAGAAGAUGAACAUGACAAGAAUAAAUAUGAUAAAAAAGUCCGAGUCAACUUCUAUAACUUCUGUAAAUGAGUUGCCUGAGAUUGGAGCUCUUUCUACAGAAUUGAAGGAUCACAGAAAUAACUUUGCGGAUGUCCAACAGACAACGGAAUCCUAUGAAAAUAGGGGCGAAAAACAGCGGAUUCUACCACAAUGUGAAAACAGCGGAUCACCGUGGUUCCCUAUUUUCGCUGGUAUGUUCUCUGAAAACAGCGGAUCUUUCCCUGCAAUCAAAACAGCGGAUGACGCAGAGGGAACUACCAACUUUUCUACUAAAUCCUAUAAAAAAUAA